CAGGACCGGCACGAACCACGCGGCCGUAAGCCAAAUGACCAGCUUCCCCCGUCCCGCGCUCGCGAGGUGCAGCGCGCCUUUCGUCUCCGCCGCGCCGAGCACCUUGCGGCAUUGGAGGAGCGCAUCAUGAUCCUCGAAGGCGAGAACACGCAGCUCCGUGCCCUGCUCUCCCUCCCCGAGGCCGAUCGUCCAAAGAUAGGAUCAGGUCCGACUGGUCGUGGCAAGUCGCUCAAGGAAGGUGGUGUGCCCAUGAGCGAGCGGGUUCGUGCUCGCAAGGAAGCACGAGCAAGAGAACGCAGUGCUCGUGGGCUCCCCCCUGCCGAGGACGGCGAGACCGAUUCCGAUAGUGCCGGUAUGACUUCGCCUGGUGUUGGUGUCAACAUGACGGGCAAUGCGAGCAACACCCCGAAUGGUAGCGGCAAUGUUCGUCCUGUCGCUACCAACACGGCGACGCCCACUGGUGCUCUUCCUCUGUUCUCGCCACCGACCGACCUCCCAGCUCCUUACAACUUCAAUCUCCCCACCCCGUUCCAGCUUCCUAUCUCGCCCGAGCCCCAGUUCAACUUCACGGGCGGGAAUCAGGACACCAACAACUCUUUCCCCGCCGCAAUGUUCAGCAUGUUUGAUAUACAGACACAGCAGAACUCGCAGACCGAUACGAGCAACAAUAACAAUAACAACAACAAUAACAACCUCCACAAUCAUAAUCACAAUCACAACUCGAACAAUACCAACCCAGCGCAGCCUGACCUCCUUACACGCCUCAAGGCGUGCUGCCAUCUCUCGGAUUCGCAUGUAGUCAACGACCCGGGAUUGUUGAUCUUUGCCACUCGCCUGUGCCAGUCCUUCGCGUGCCCGUUUGGUGGCUCGCACCCAGACUCGGCACCUGUCGACGAUCCGGAGCAGAUGCUCCUCGAGGACGCGUGGCGCGCACUCAAGGCAACCCUCGACCCCGGAGGCGAUGCCGAUGGCGAGAACCGCAUUAACACGGGUCGUAUGGCCGCCGAGCUCGUCGUCCGCGCUGCGGCGUCGCGUGGCAACGGUAACUGGAUUAUUUGCCGCUACAAGGAGGGCAUGACUGUGAAGCGCACGCUCAUCGGUGCGCUCGUCCAGGGCUUUGGCGGCAAGCUCGACUAG